AUGGCUUCGGUUUGGCCGGGGCUGCUUCUCUUUCUUGCAGUACUGCUCAGACUCGCCACCACCUCCAACGCCCACGGUGAUGACAACCUCACUCUCCCAUGCCAUCCAGACCAGGCUGCGACCCUCCUCGAGUUAAAGAAAUCCUUCUUGUUCGACGAAGCCACCACCAACCUUUCAUCUUGGCAAGAAGGUACAAACUGUUGUCUCUGGGAGGGUGUUGACUGUGGUGGUUCUUCUGGCCGGGUCACGGCUCUCGACCUUAAUGGCCGCAGCUUCUCCAGCUCUGGCCUUGACCCUGUGAUCUUUAAUCUUAGCUCCCUACAGUUUCUUGACCUUAGCAUGAAUGACUUCGGCCAAUACAGUAUGCCAGCUAUCGGGUUUGAGAGGCUUACUUUUCUUGCCCAUCUCAAUCUCUCCAAUUCGAACUUUCAUGGUGAAAUACCUAUUGCCAUCGGCAAACUUGAGAAUCUUAUCUCCUUGGAUCUUUCUAGUCACUAUGGCACAUUUAGCGAUGACAGAACAAUUGAAAAUAAUUACUUGCCUAACUCGCUCUCGGUAUCUAAUAUUCAAGCCAUUGUGGUAAACCUCAGCAAUUUGAGAGCUCUCUACCUUGACUUUGUGAAAAUACAUAGCACUGGAAAAGAGUGGUGCGAAGCUCUAGCUAAAUAUGUUCCUCGUCUCCAGGUUCUUAGCUUCGAGCAGUGUGGUCUCUCGGGUCCAAUUCACCAAUCCCUUUCGAACCUCAGUUCUCUUAUUGUGAUCAACCUCCAACACAACAACGGCAUCUCCGCUGGUCCAUUUCCAGAGUUCUUCACCUACUUUGUCAAUUUAAGUGUGCUUCAAGUUGCUGGUAUUAAUCUCAAUGGGUGGUUUCCUAGCAUGAUUUUCCAAUCAGAAAAACUAAGUGUUCUUGAUUUGUCCUGGAAUAUGGAUCUUUCGGGGACUUUCCCAAAUUUAUCUGAUGCAAGUUCUUUAGAGAUUUUGAGAUUAGAUGAGACCAACUUUUCAUAUUCAAAACCAACCUCUACAAGCAAUUUCAAGUCAUUGAAAGAGUUAGCUCUUGAUGGGAAGUUUAUUUCCGCAGACUUUCUCUCCUCAUUCAACUUGCUUGGCUCAUUAAGCCAUUUUUCAUGGAUCAGCGACCUUAGAAACUUGAGAAGCUUAGAACUCUUCAAAUGUGACUUAUCUAACACAAAUCCUUUCUACAUUAGCAAGUUGAAGAGCUUGAGAAGCUUGAAUAUUGACACUUGCAACAUCUCUAGUCCGAUACUAGCUGCAAUUACUAAUCUCAAGGACUUGCAAAACCUAUAUAUCACUCGCUGCAGAUUAAAUGGCUCGAUACCAUCUACAAUUGGCAAUCUCACAAAUUUAAGAAGAUUGCAUAUCAAUGAGUGUGGGUUUCUAGGGGCAAUGCCAUCUUCAGUGGGUAAUCUUGUUAAUUUGAGAAACCUGGAUAUUCAUGGUUCAGACUUUUCAGGGCCAUUACCAUCCACAAUUGGCUUUCUCAGAAACUUGAAAAGCUUACAAGUGGAGGACUGCAAAUUUGUUGGGUCAAUACCAUAUGCAGUUGGGCAGCUCAAGGAGUUGACAAGAUUGGUUCUUCGAGGAAGCAACUUUUCUGGGGUGAUACCAAGUUCAGUUGGUAACUUGACUUGUCUGCUUGAAUUGGAUCUCUCAAUGAAUUUUCUUAGCGGUAAGAUUAUGGGCCAGUUUCUUGUUCUUUUUAUUGUAAUGUGCUGCAUAAUCUAG